AUGCCGCAAGAGAAACACGUCCACGAGACGACACGGCGGCAACGAGCCCUCGAGACACUGGUCAUCUUUCGUCGCAGUCUCAUCUAUCAGACGAAGGAGUUUUUCCAGAAUUCAACGCUCCACGGCGUGCGCUACAUAGCCGAGACGGGGCGUCCCAUUGGUGAGAAGUUCAUGUGGUUUUGCUUCACCUCAAUUGGUGCUGUCACCGCCUUGGUCAUCAUCAUGAGUCUGUGGGAGAAGUUCCAAACGAAUCCAACCAUCACCGGCCUGGACACGGACUUUCACAACCAAAAUGUUGUCUUUCCCACCACAGUUGUGUGCCCAGAGGCAGCCUUCGAUCAUGAGAAAUCCUAUGCAGCGGUCUACAAAAGUUUGGCCAACUAUGAUGAUGCACGCGCCCAAAUGUUUGCACCAUUCUUGGAGCUGCUCACAUCGCUUAAUUUUGGUAAUAUUCGCGACGCCAAGCUGCUGUCAGAGUCCAUACCCAAGGAUCAGCUGGAGGAGCACACUGUCAGGCAGUGGGCAUUCGAGGGUCACAUCAGCUGCGAGAAUACCUUUGUGUCGUGCAAGUAUCGCGACGAGGACAUACCCUGCUGUGAUCACUUUGAGCCCAUCUAUACGGAGCAUGGCUUCUGCUAUGCCUUCAACAGUCGCUUCAAGUCCACAGCCGGCGAGGACAUAAAGACGGGAGCACCGCACGAUCUGUACGAGACGGACAAAAAGUGGGCGCUCUUCUUUGUGCCCAACAGCACCUCUAGGAUUUUCAUCUUUUCGAACGAAGAGUACUUUGGCUCCGACUUCAAUGCACAGAUCGACUGGUCGGAGAGCCAGCUGGUGGAGGUGCGUAUCUCCAAGAAGAACACCUACACCACAGACGAUGCCCGUCAGCUAUCCAUUGGGCAGCGCAAGUGCAUCUUCAGCGAUGAGGUGAAGCUGAACUACUUCCCGGAGGCCUACACCUUCUCCUCCUGCAUGAAGCAGUGCCGCAUGAACAAGGCCAUCAAGCUCUGCAAAUGCAAUCCGCCCUUCUACAAGCCCAUAAGUGUGCACCAAAAUCCAUUCAUAGUUGCAGCCGUAAUAGGUCUUUCCUUUCCUUUCCUUGCAGACAACGUACCCAUGUGCAUGGUCAAGGAUUUUGAUUGCCUCGAUGAGUUCAAGGUGAACAUAACCAACAUUAAGGACUGUCUGCAGUGCGAGCUUAGCUGCUCCAAGACGGUGUUCAACAUUGAUAAACUCAUCAAAAUUGUGGAUCGACCCGAGAGCACGGGUGUGCUGGUGGAGUUCCUCACUUGGCCCAUUAUUCGCUACAAGCGUGAAGUACUCUUCGGCUGGGUGGAUCUGCUUGUGUCCUUUGGCGGCAUUGCCAGUCUCUUUCUUGGCUUCUCGCUGCUUUCUGGCGUUGAGAUUAUUUAUUAUUUUACGCUGCGCGCCUGCUGCAUGGUCUACAAGAAUCGCCAAGAGCUGUAUGAGAUCGAGGAGCGUAUUCGCAAGGAGCCACCUCCAUUGAUUGAUCUCCAGCUGAGGCUUAAGUCGCACUCAACACUGAGGGUUGGCGCCGCCCCCUCGUCGGCAGUGUUGCUGGUGAAGCCUGCCGCGGGAGAGGCUGGUGGCGGAGUCCAGCGAAAACAUGAAAAGAACUUUUAUAAUCACACAAAAAAAAUAUAUCGCACGCCUAAAGUAUUGCCCGAUCAUGGGUAUGGAUCCAAUACGAUGAAAUCAUGGAAAGACUCCGAUCAGGCACAGUAUAUGCCUUGA